UUUGUAAGGUAGCUAAAGUAAAUUAAUUGAAAAAUAAUAUUUCACCCGCUCCUUUAUAAUUUUCUAAAGUCUCUUGUUAUAAGCGUCACCUAAACCUUGACAUUAAAAAUUACAAAUAUAACGUCCAGUUUCUUGCACCCCAAUAAAAGAGACUGUGACGUCAGAGCAAGUUCGGCACCCUUUCAGGCAUGCACAAAUUGUUUUGUUUUGCUUGAAAGAGGCCGGUGUUUUGUUAUUGAAACGACUAUGAGCAUCAAGAUAUAUUUACCGUUCGACUACUAUUGCCGGAAGAAGCCCACCAAUUUGUACGGUCAAGUGCAGAUAAAUGAAGAUAAUGUCGUAGUGUAUUACGUCCUGGAAGCUUUAGAUUUGGAAUUUGGGGACAAACCUAUAAAUCAUGUAUCGAGCAAUACGCGUUUCUUGGGUUCUAUUCUGAACGGGGACUUUAAUGCCGACCAAAGCCAGUAUCUCAAAUUAAAUAUGCGGCUAUGCUUUACGUACAACAGCAGUCAACCAAACAUAACGCUGGUGUACAUUGGGAUCACCCCGGAAUAUCUGAAACACAUAAAACUAAUUCUCUAUGAAAAGCAAAUUAUGCGAAAUAUGUUUGUUGGUGGGGAGUCUGUAAAUAACCAAGAUGCAGCAUGCAAUGAUUGCGACUUUCUCGAGCUAUCCAGAUUGGCACAGGCCACAGUUGAUACUCAAAAGCCAACUAAUCACACAAUAAAACGUGUCCUAUUUGUGCUAACUCUCAUUGCCGACUCUCCGAUUUCAAUAUUUAAAUGUGUUGUUGAAAAUGUAUUUGUCAAUAGCAUAAUAAUUCAUACGACUAUCUACAAGCACUUCAAGGAAUGGCAAGCAACCUGUGAUAAACGUACUCGCUCGGCUAAUAUUGCUCUUGAUAGAAUAAUUGGAGUUACAUUGAUGCUUAUCCUUUUUUCACUAGCGACACAGCCUGGAGAUUUUCUAAUACCAAUAUCCCACUACGUGAUUGACGAAUUAUACAGCCUAUUAAAGGUUUUAGAGGGCAGUCCUAUUGGCCUCAAGCUGAAUAUACAUUUAAAUAAUUUCUUUCUGGACUGCUUUAAAUACCACAUUGAAUUGUGGUCGACGUUUUUGGAUUUUAUCGAACCUUUAGUGCGACAAGUAUUUUUGGCAAUCGGAGCGUUUGGGUCCUUGGGUCUCACAUUCCAGAUAGCGCUUCUAGUGGACUUAAUAUCCGUUAUUGGAUUACAUUCACAUUGCUUCUAUAUUUAUACCAAAGUGCUCUACAAUGUAGAAAGAAAAGGUCUGUCAGUACUAUGGCAAGUGGUUCGAGGCAACCGUUUCAACAUUUUAAAAGGUCGCAUAGAGUCUCAUAAUUAUAUGAAUCGGCAGUUAUAUCUGGCAACUAUAUUUUUCUCGGCCAUUUUGUUCCUGUUUCCUACUACCUUUGUCUAUUAUAUUGUUUUUGCUGCUCUUAAGGCGCUUACCUUUGCAACACUUAGCAUUUUUGAGUUUUUCCGAAGGAAACUGCUGAAUCUUCCGCUUGAAGGAUGCAUAAAAUGGUUUAUAAAAAGAUGUGUUGAUAUAGAUUGCCUUCAAAUCAAGGAUGUUUCACCACACGAAAAGGCUUGUGUAAUACAUAAAAAUCAUAGAAUCAAUGUGUCCGUAUAUAAAAUUCAAACCACACAAACCGAGCCAAAUAUGUAAUUUUCAAAGAGAAAUUUGACGUAAUACCGUUAGAAACAAAAUUUGGAAUUUGUUAUAAGUCUGUUGUCAUAUAAAUUAAUAAACGUAGUAUGUAUUUUUUAAGAGCUAUAUACUAGAGCUAUAUAGUAA